AAGUAUUCAUAUCGGUGACGUCAUAAAAAAUAAAGGUGAACAAAAUUGAAAUGGUGGUUGUGAGUGUCGGGCGUAGAAAAUUACCAAAAUAUCAAUAGAUUCCAAUUACUAUUAAGUCAUAGUCAAAGUGCAAUCUCAAAGUGAUAUACACCCACAAUAUAACGACGAAAAUGUCAGACAGGAGAGCAGAAAUAGAGAGAAAAAAGGCCAAACUGCAGGCCUUGAGGGAGGAAAAAAGCAGGAUAAGACGUGAGAAAGAACUGAAGGAUAUUGAAGAUGCCACUACACGUACCCUCAUUGGGGCUGGAGGUGACCGGAAAGAACUGGAUGAAAUGCUGAGUUCUCUAGGGGUUGCUCCGCUGUCAGAUGUACUUUCAAGCAUAUCUAGUGCCAAUUCUUUGACUCCGGAACAAAGUCAAAAUCAUACGCCUGAUGCCUCACUCCAGCCAAAUAGCUUAACAAACUGUGUUCCGCACGCUAAGAAAAAACCUGUCCAGCUCACAGUUGUGCCUGUACAAACAACAAACAUUCCACCUAAAGAAGUAGUUUCUUAUACGAAGCAAACACAAACGACCGCAUCGAGCCACGAGAGAGAUGGAUCUUCUUCAUCUUCCACCCCACUUAAAGGCUACAUAGAGGACUGGUGGAGGCCUCGAAAAGCUCAUGCGACUGACUAUUACGACGAGUACAAUCUAAAUCCGGGUUUAGAAUGGGAGGACGAGUUCACAGUUUUGACCUAUGACGAUGGCCAAGGUGAAGACGAGGAGAGCAGCCUGCCCCACAUCGGUGGUUUCGGCAGCAAGCUACCUCCCGGCAUACUGCCACACGGACUGCCGCAGGUCAAGGAGGUGCAACCGGCCAUAACCGCUGUGGAACAGGAGCAGGCCAAGCAGGAGGUCAAAGAAGUACGAGAACUCAGCGAAGAAGAGAAGCAGAUGAUUAUACUUUCCGAAGAAUUUCAACAUUUCAUCGACAAGGCUGGCAGGGUGAUGGAACGGGCCUUAUGCGAAUCUAUCGAUAUUUAUACGGAUUAUAGUGGAGGACUAGGAGAGGACGGAUUGGACGAGAAAUCUCACCAGUGCAUCUCCCUGAACCGCACGUUCUUCGACGAGAGGUGGACCAAGAACAGAGUGGUCACCGCUUUGGAUUGGUGCCCUCAAUAUCCCGAACUGCUUCUGGCCGCUUACAACAACAACGAGGACGCGCCCAACGAUCCGGACGGCGUGGUGCUGAUAUGGAACACGAAGUUCAAGAAGAACACGCCCGAGUACAUAUUCCACUGUCAGAGCUCCGUGCUCUCCACCACGUUCGCCCGGUUCCACCCUAACCUCAUCCUGGGCGGCACCUACUCCGGCCAGAUCGUUCUGUGGGAUAACAGGGUGCAGAAAAGGACUCCGAUACAGAGGACGCCGCUGUCUACCACAGCGCACACGCAUCCGGUCUAUUGCAUGAGCGUGGUGGGCACGACGAACGCGCACAACCUGAUCAGCAUCUCCACGGACGGGCGGCUGUGCUCGUGGUCCCUGGACAUGCUGGGCCAACCGCAGGAGAUCCUCGACCUGCACAAGGUCCAGUCCAAACCGGUGGCCGUGACUUGCCUGGAUUUCCCGCACUCGGACGUCAACAACUUCGUGCUAGGCGGCGAGGAGGGCGUGGCCUACUCGGCCUGCCGGCACGGGGCCAGGGCCGGCAUCACCGAGCUGUACGAGGGCCAUCAGGGCCCUAUAACGGGGAUCAGCGUGAACGCGGUGCAGGGAGGCAUAGAUUUCUCGCACAUGUUCCUCACGUCCUCCAUCGACUGGACCAUCAAACUGUGGAGUUUAAAGGAGACGAAACCCAUAUACUCUUUCGAAGAUAACGGCGACUACGUCUUGGACGUCAAAUGGUCGCCUACGAAUCCGGCUCUCUUUGCCGCUGUCGACGGUAGCGGAAGAUUGGAUCUGUGGAAUCUCAAUCAGGAUACCGAAGUUCCAGCGGCCAGCGUGAUCGUGGAAGGUUGUCCGGCCCUGAACAAGGUGUCUUGGACGCCGUCCGGUACGCAUGUCACUGUCGGUGACAACCAGGGUAGGAUAUGGGUGUACGAGGUGGCUGAGACCUUUGCUCACCCAAGGCAUGACGACUGGAACAAAUUCCUUUACACCACGCAGGAACUGAGGAAUAAUCAGGUGGAGGAAGAGAUAGAAAAAUCUCAGAACCUCUCGGUAACCAAUACCUCUCUACCGAAUCUAAGUUCUAUAACUUCCUCUCCGUCACUUAGAUAAACGAACUAAUUUUAGCUUAUGGAAACAUAUUAAAUUAAUUUUAUUUAUUAUUGUUCGGCUUGAAGUGUCAUAAAUAAAUACAUUUAGCCGAUAACUUAAAAGAUGAGGUCGUCAUUGGCAACUAUUUUCCGGCCUAUUUUAUCCCGAACUAACUUGUCUUGGAAAGAAAUUAAUUUCGAAGGAAGCUUAUCCCUUUUAAUAAGUUUAUAUCCCCGAGGAUGGAAUGAAGAAGAUCAAAAUUGAACAAGUGCAAUUUGUAGGAAUUUUCCAAAUGAUGUAAUCGAAAAAUGCGAACUUAGAUGACUUUUUUCAACCUUAUCAAGGGAGUGCCUUUUCAAGGGAGACCAACCCUUGUGAUCGAAAAAUUGAGAUGCGUAUUUUUAUAUCUCCCAAAGGGAUUCUGCAAACGGGAGUAGUUGAUAGUUGCUUCAUUGAGACCAAUGAGACGAGUUUGUAAACUUUUGGGAAAUUCCUACUCAAUUUUAUUUUAAAACCAAUUAUGAUUCAUUUGAUGAGCUCGCUUUAUUUGAUUAAUACUUUUACCAAAAGAAAAUCCAGUAUUUGAUAAGUUAUGAUUUGUAUUUCAUUCAGUUUUACUUCUCAAAAAUGAUAAAGUGAUAUAGAACUUAAUAUGCUCAUAUUUAACCCUAAUUUUUUGAGAUGAUAUUCCUGAAUGACCCUCAAGUAAGAAGCUUCAACCACUUAAUUUUUUAUUGAAAAUUUCUGCUUGUAUAUAGCUAACUUAUUAUUGUUAUUUUUAUUGAACUUUUUUUUAUAUUGUUAUUCUAUAUUGCAGAACAAACAGUGUGAAUAAAUUUAUGCUAGGUCAAGUACUAAAUUUGUUGUAAUUAUUCUUUAUAUCCUAUGGAUAUAGCGGUGUAAAGUAUCUGUAGGAGUAAAUAGAUCGAAACUUCUAGUUUUCUUCUAUCCUUUCUACAGAUUGUUGUGAUCGAUAUUUUUAGAAUAGUUACCUCGGAAUUUGGCAAAAAAGGUAUUUUCUUAUGCUCCGUCUUGUUUGUAAUUUUUAAGUUUUUCCCUUAACCCAAUUUCUACUCAUUUUGUGUUUCCUAUUUCUCUACCGUGUCUGUACUAUUUCCUUACCGCUUUUUCUCUAAACAAGAAUGAGAUUAUGUAUAAAUAGCAAGAAUAAAAACAAUUAAUUUAUCAA